CCACACAGAAACAAACCCUGAAUCAAGUCAUCUCUAAGAAUUCAAAGAAACAAAAAAUAAUUAGAAUUGAAGCGCUGUUUGUUGUCUCCCCACUGAGUACCCAAUAACCAGAGAGACUUCCUCGGGCUCCGCGCUCCCUCAAUUACCUUCACAUCCCCAUCUUUCAUCUUCCUCUUCACUCUUAUCUCAGGUUGGUUGGAUGUUGCAAUGGUGAGUAUAAGAAGAACCAAACUCAAAGGACCUCGUAGUGUAAGAAGUCCCCCAUUAGCUUCAUUUCGCAGUAUUCCACUCAAUAAUGUUCCUGAAAAUCCUGCCCGAAGUCAUAAAUCUGCCAAUGUACAGCGCAUUACCGAAAAUCCUGAGCAGAGUCGCAAGCCUGCCAAUGUACAGUGCGUUCCCGAAAAUCCCGAGCAGAGUCGCAAGCCUGCCAAUGUACAGCGUGUUCCUGAAAAUCCUGGGCAGAGUUGCAAGCCUGCCAAUGUACAGUGUGCUCCUGAAUAUCCUGGGCAGAGUUGCAAGCCUGCCAAUGUACAUCAUGUUCCUGAAAAUCCUUGGGAGAGUUGCAAGCCUGCCAAUGUACAUCAUGUUCCUGAAAAUCCUUGGCAGAGUUGCAGGCCUGCCAGUGUACAUCUUGUGCCGCCGUUGCCUUCCAACCAAGUAAUUGAAGUCGCGGAAGAAAGGGACUUGAGAGCAAGUCCACCUGCUAAGAGACAAAAAAUACAUGCCAAAAUAAACCCAGAGAAUCCCAUGGAAGUUCAUGCCUACCUAAUGAAGCUAAAGGAAGAUAAGAAGUUGGAUCUUGGGCCACUGCGAAGAAGUGAAGAGAUGCCGGUGAAAGAGUGGAUGGAAAAGUGUUAUCCCUAUAUAUUCCGAGUGUUUCCGCAGAGUCCAAAAAUGUCUUUCCAGUUUCCUAAUGAAAUAAAACAAGAUGAAUUCUUAUAUUCCCACUACUGGCUUUUUCUUUUUGAGGUACGGAACAUAGCUUUUAUGGACCAUCGUGUCUCGCCAGAUUUCGUGGAGUCGUUAGGUAAAGUGAUGAAAAAUUUGGAGACGCAAGGUUUUGACUGUCGAUUUUUGAGGUCGGAAUUGUUAGUAGUAGGGUACAUGAUGAGGAAACAGCAGGAAAUUAUGUCGGCUGAGAAGAAUAUGAUUGCCAAGAGAACUGUAAGUUUAGAAAAAGAACUGCAAGAUUUGGCAAGAAAGAAGGAAAAAGAAACAGAAUUGAAGGACAGAGGGAAGGAACUCGAAGUCGGCAAUGAUCCUGAUAUCAAAACACUAUCCGAUCAAAUGACUAAGCUGCAAAAAGGCGAACAUAAAGGAGAAAUAGCGGUCAAUAAGUCUCCAUUUGCUCCAUUAGAAGAAGAAUACGUCGAAGUAAUUCUGGAACGACAUAAAAAGAUGUUAGCAUGUAAGGAAGAGGAAGGAAAAAGACUUGAUCAAGUUCUAGACAAAAUAAAGCAAAUGUAUCAGAAUAGAUAAUAAGCUUCAUAAUCUUGUAGCAACUUCUUUCAUUUUUAUCUAUUUUUUGUAGGAUUAUCCUGUAUAGUUGUCUUCAACCUGAAAACUAGCGAUGCUGACAUGUGAACUAAUAUGUAUAAGUUAGUGAAAUUUUUUCAAUACCGCCCAUCUGCGGUGGAAAAUUUUGUUCA